AUGGUAACGGGGGGCAUAUGGCAUCCCGACUCUCUCCCGCUCUACAGCCGAGGUAGCACCACAUUCGGCCCCGGCAAAACGAGCAGCUCCCUCUCGGGAAACAACCGCCGGUCUAGCAGCAAUGCCAGUGGCAGCCACGACUCGACCCACUCUCGGGGCGGGCAAAGUACAGGCAGGAGAAAAGGCAAACGACGAAGGCGCCUGAGUCGAAUAGGGCGCCUCCUCGUCUUCAUCCUGCUGCUGUUCACUGGCUUGUGGCUCAUUCUGCUGUGGCGGUGGAUGGGAGUGCCAACCGCGACGCCGCAGCCUGGGGAGGUAAACGUCCUGCUGAGCCAUGAUCUCAAAGCUGAAGAUCGGGAACCGGCUGAAUCCACUCCGGCGCGCGACGCAGACAAAUCCGACAAUGGGAAGCUCACGCAGAUUCCACGAGACGAACAGGUCGGCGACGGAAGUCCAAAUGUGCAGCGCAGAAUAUCCCCAGUCAAUUCUGAGGCGCGCGCCCGUGCCUCCUCCACUACGGGGGAGGAGCGGCCUGUCGCCAACACUGAGGACAGCGUCGUCACACCGAUCUCGUCGCCGCCUCCGGCACCGCGAGAAAAAGUCGUCGCGCGUGAGGGGCCCGCGGAGGAGUCCCCACGGACCCCAGCGAAGGGAGCUCGCGCCAACGACGAGCAACCGUCCAUGACGCGGGACGUCCACGCGAGUCCGCAGCAGCCCCUUCCAGCGAAAAUGGGACAGGGGGAAGGGGUUGCGAAUCCCAAAUACGAUGAUGUUUCACGCGACAAGGCUGCGCGUCCGUCCUCAAAAGACACCCCUGUGGACAACAACGCGUCUGCGGUCAACGAGAGGGGCGAAGAGAGGCGGGUGGAGUCGCAGGGAGCCGAAGGCGGCUCGGCGAAACCCGCAGCGAGGGAGGACGCUCGACAGAGAGGUCUUCCGCGCGAGCCUGCAAGCGAAGCGAGCGUGGGAAGAGAAGACAGGCGGCCCCCCGCGCCGCCGCGAGCAGAGGCGGACGCAGGGAUGCCGAGGCGUCGCAGCGGGGACGCGCUUGGAAACCUCGAGCGGGGCUCGAUGGACGCGCUGUCAAGGAGCGUUGCCGAGCAAGGCAAGGUUUUUGUAGAGAAGGUGCUGGAUAGCCAUCUGAAAAUGCAAAAGGAGCGAAGAGUGGUGGGCGAAAGCGCCGCGCGUCAGCAAGCCGGCCCGGCGCCAGUUUCCGGAGCGGCUAGACAGACGAGGAAGGUCGCUGGCGACGCGGUGGUUCCGACUCCGGUCCAGGAGCUCCGCGGGGAGGCGCAAAAGGCUUCGGCUGGCGGGGCGGCUGCCGAAGAAGCCUUGCGCGCAGAAACAGGAGACGGGCGACAGCGCCUCCGUCAGCCUCCUCCGCCGCGUCCCGCGAGAGAGGGCGGCGCGCGUCAAGACACGGACCAGCUGCUCGCACAACAUGAAAAGGGGCAAGCGUGGAUGGCGGCUCGGGGCGGCAGGGUGGAGCGAGCCAUGCCUCUGCGGAGAGAGACGCCGCCGUCAGAGCUACGAGUCCCAGAAGGGAGCAUCGGCGAUUUAUUGCGUUGGCAAAUGCCGUCGUCGUACGAGCGAGGGACGGCAGAGAGAGGAGAGGUGGCGGGCGCGGCAGAAAGACUGUCCUCGAAAUACACAUUUGCAGCCCGCGCAAGACCGGAGGGGCAAGAGAUGGCGGCGGACGUCCGUCAGCAACGCUGGUCACCAGUGUUCGAGCAGGAUAGGCAGCCGCAUGCAGCAGCGGAGAUCCGGCAUGCAGCCGCGGAGAUCCGGCAUGCAGCCGCGGAGAUCCGGCGAGAUUCGCGGCUGCGGGAGGCAGCUGGGGAAGUCCACGCGGAGCGUUGGUCGCAGGCGUUCGAGGCGGACAAACAGGCGCGCGCAGCGGCAGAGUUGAGGCGCGAUUCCGCCGGGGGAGGCCCGUUCUCGGCAGUUCACGGGCACGGGUCAGUUGGAGGCGGCGCGCGGGUCGAUGGCGCGUUUAGUGGCAGAGGUGUACGAGUGACGCAGGAGAAUUUGCGAGCAUCCGAAUCGAUCGCAGGCCCGCUUACAGAAGGAGGCCGCCCAGAUGAAGCUCGGCGCCUCAACAGAUGGGCGUACGCCCAAGUCGAAAAUACUGGGUCGGCGGGUGAGGCGCGACCGCACGCAGAGACUGAGACGAUGGCCUCGCUGUCGGAGUCCAGCGACCCGAGAGCCCGUGCUGGUUUCGUCCGUAGCGAGGCGCAGGGGAACGUGGAGGACCGCGAACACGCGACUGCCCACGCGUUUUGGGCUGCGAGAGAAGCUGAGAAAGCAGGUGUCGUGCGGAGAGAACGUCUGUGGCAGGAAGAAGCCCAGCAGAGAGCUGCAGCUGCUCAGAUGUACGGUCGAGGGAGAGGCCGCUUCCAGGCGGGCGAUGAAGAGGUCGUUAAACACGCAUGGAUGAGGGCUGACCCGGUAAGGCCAGUCGCUGCGCGUGCGCGCACCGUCAGCGCGGAAUCGGCGGCACAACAAAGAGAAGUUUCUGAAGGCUUUGAAGACCCUGCGCACCGCGCAGGAUAUGUUAUGAGUGAAGGGGAAGGGGAGCUCAGGCCCAGUGUUGCCGCACGGAAGCCAGGUUACUUGGAAAAGGGGCCUCGCCCCGAGGACUGGAACGCGCUAAGUGGCGCCGUGGACUCUGAGGAGGGUGACGACGAUACUCUAGAAGAAGAGUAG